CGUCAGAGGUCGAAGUUUAUCGUUGACGUAGGAGGGCUCGUGGUAGUUGGAAGGUUCGCGGGAAACGUCCCAAAACAAACCGGACCGCGAGCGGCUUUAUUCUGAGGGAGUCGAGCAAGAGAGACCCGAGCCGAGGGAUCCGCGAUCACACAGCCGCAGGCUGGGACUGAGGGAGCUCAGCGGGAACGCUUUAGUAGAGACGGCUGACUCCGUUCUCCUCGCCCGCAGAAGCAGCAGCGUAAACACAGCGGGCCGAAGGAAACGCUCAAGAACCCGUGAGAAAAAUGGCUGAAAGGCCAGAAGACCUGAACCUUCCCAACGCGGUCAUCACCCGCAUCAUUAAGGAGGCGCUCCCAGAUGGGGUCAAUGUGUCAAAGGAAGCAAGGAGGGCCAUAUCCCAAGCAGCCAGUGUGUUUGUGUUAUACGCCACCUCCUGUGCAAAUAAUUUUGCCAUGAAGGCCAAGCGAAAAACUCUGAACGCAGGAGACGUCUUGGCUGCGAUGGAGGAGAUGGAGUUUGAACGAUUCCUGGAGCCCCUCAGAGAAGCUUUGGAAGUGUACAAAAAGGGCCAGAAGGGAAAGAAGGAGGUGUCUGAGCAGAAGCGCAAAGAAAAAGAAAAGAAGGCCAACUCUGAGAACGAUAAGAGCAGAGAGGACGAAGGAGAGGAGGAGGAUGAGCCCAUGGAGGAGGAGGCCGAGAAUGAAGCGGAGGCAGAGGAGGAGGUGGAGAACUGAUGACAUUUUCCCCCCUAGAGCACUCAGCCAACUCCUCUGAAGUCAUCUCCGGCCACACGUGAUACAUUUAGUGAUGUGUGCAGCGCAGCCACCAUACAUCAAACGGUAAUGAAAUAACACACAAGUAUGAGGAAAAGUUGUGGUGAGCUCAAAAAAGGUGUCUUCCAGUCUGAAAACAUACAACACAAAGCACAAUGAAGCCACACAUCCAGAUAUGUCACAUGGCCUCCGAUCUUGGAUUAAAGAAAAAAAAUGGUGCUGUUUGAUUCUGUACAGUAACCAGCUCAUCCUCAUUUUCUUCUUGCUCCCUGACGUGACCAUUUUAAGCUUUUCUACAUGACAAAGAAGUGAAGCCUGGAUUUCAGACAGAAAGCAUUUGACGCUGAAAUCUUCACAUAUAGACUCCAAAGCUAAAGUUCUCUAAGUAGAGUUGAACAUGUGUAAUCACAUAGGAAUUUUAAGGCUGAUGCUUGGAAAAUUUGGGUUUAAAUCUGGAGCUUGAAUUGGAAGUUGAUGCUAAUGUUUGGUACAAAAAUACAUGUUUGUUGCUUUUUCCUCCACAAUCAAGUUGAGCUAAAGUGUGUUAAAGACAGCGAUUGUAACGAACUGUUGUUGAACUAGUUGCACUAAUGAAUGCACAGCUGUUUGUUGCUUACUUUUUUUUUGUUUUUGAGCCAUUUAUACUUUUGUAGACUUGUAUAUCACUGGCUGAGAUUUUUAAUAAA